AUGCGGGGCCGUCGCGUGGCCGUGUGUGUGGCCGCCGUCGUCGUGCUCUGCGUACCUGCUUGCGCGUGGCCCGGCUACGGCUCUCGAGUCGAGACGACCGCCCGCAGCCUGAUCUCGACGCGCGAUGCUGAAGUGGCCGACGAGGCGCCGGUCGCCCCUGAGAUUCUCUCUGCUUCGCACCCGCUGCUCUUCACCGCCUCGCACGCGGCGCUGCAGUCGUACCUCUCCAAGCCCGACUGCUUCCGCCUCGCCGUGCCGCUCACAGACUGCGACACGCUGGAGCGCGACCCGGAAGCUCGCGUGCGCGCUGCCAUUGAGCUCACGCGCUGCGAGCUGGCGACCGCCCGCCUGAACGCGCCGCUGGAAUGCCUCGACCUGUCGCCGAAGCGGGCCGCGGAGGCUUGCGUAGAAGCACUCUCGCGCAGUCCUCAAGCCUGGUCCUCGUACAGCGGACAUCUGCGUGAAGUCUCCGUCCUGUGCCACGCCUUCCGGCACAGCGAGGCGCUGGACGAAGCCCGGAAGAUCUACGCCAGUCUUGCUCGCGAGAAGCGGGCUCUGCUCUCGAUGCUUGUGAAGCACGAGAAGGCCGCUCACGAGCGCAGCGACCAGGAUGCGUCGAGGCGCACGGACGAGCACGAGUCUCGCCAAGCCACGGAAGCGGCAGCGCGCGAGAUCCUUCGGGAUCUCAGCACCGAGCUCAUUGCUGGCGUCGGUGGCUGGCAGCGCGCUGUGCAGGCCCAGGAGCAACGUCUUCGCGAGAUGCUUGCCGACCUCAGUGUUCAGACCUCAUCAGACAUCAGUACCAAGCUGCAUGAGGUCAUCGAUGAUCUCGUUGCAACGUUGGCGAAGGCCUCCGAUGCCGCUCACGCACAUUUCGAGCUCGGGCUGGAGCGCACACUUCAGCAGCACUCCGCCUCUCUGUCCGUCCAUCUCGACGAGCCUACGCAACAGCUCGCUCAGCACGUGGCGCACCUGCACGACGCGGCCAUCGCUCUGCACGCCUCUUUGACGGAGGCCACCGGCGUCUCUCGCGAACUUCACGACGCCUCCAUCAGAAGCUUGGAGGUCGUCCGAGACACAGGCGUCGAGUCUGCGGCGCUGCUGUCUCAGCUUCAUAGCGGCCUCUCCGUCGUGGAUACUGCGCUGGAGCAGCACAACUCAGCGCUCGGAUCGGCGACCUCGAGACACGCCGAGCAGGUCGCAGAGCUUCAGGCAGUGAUGGACGACCUCACACGCAAGCUCAAGGAGCAGAAUGAGUCGUCUCAUAGGCGCAUGUCCAUCACCGGCUGGUGGACGCCGCUGGCCCUGCAGCUGCUCGGCAUCUCCACGCCAGGCCGCGAGCCGAGCGGCGAGGCGUGGGAUGAGCAAGCAGUUCGUCUCUUUGGUCGUGCUGCAGAGCUAGCCCACCUCCGUCCGCUCCUUCCGGCUGCUGCCGUUCCGGCACUGAGCCUCUUCCUGCGCGGCACGGGCCUCGCCGUGCUGAUGACCGCUCGUGCUGCCACGCACUUCUUUCGCCUUGCUCUGAUGCUCGUCGUGUGUCUCUUCGGGCUGUCUUGCCGCAGACUGCGACCCUUAUGGGCCCGUCUGCUCGCUCGAGCGUCCAUCUUCGACCUGCGCACCGAGCACGAAGACGUCGAAGUGGCUGCGCUCCGCCACACGCCACCUGCCCGCUGGCGCGAGAAGGCACCGAGUCCCGGAGCUCGCACGCCAUCUCCAAAGCUGCCUGCUCUCGCUGCCGCCUUCACUCAGCCUCGAGUCGAUGCGACUCCUGACCGCAAGCCUCUGCGCGAGCACUCGCACCAGCGCGUCCUCGGCCCGCGAGCGUGGCCACCGAGUCCUCGCAGCGCCCCGCACGAUGGGCCUGCCUCUCCGUACUUCUCUCGCAGAUGACCACCGCAUGUCUCAUACCCUCUGUCCCAGCAUCCUGAUCGUCCUCAGCGUCACCUCUCUCACACACAUCGCAUGUACAUCACCCAUCACCGCACAUGUCCGCCAGCAGAAAGCAUCCUCAUUGAGCCG